AUGUCUGAUUCAUUAGACAGGUUUAUUUAUUUAUUGACUAACAGACUCUGUGAAAAAGAGAAAGAAAAACAAGUCAAAGCAUAUAAAGAAAUCAUCAAUAAAUUGAUUUCUUCAGUAAAAUCAAAUUCUUCAAUCCAGGAAAUUCACGAAGAGUUUAACAGAUAUAUCAAAAAACUACUAAAGAUAUCGAUGGUGUCAAAUGAACAAGAGAUUUACUCAGAUGUCAUUGAUUGUUUUAAUAAUUAUGCAAAUAAUCUCAAAAAUGAUCCCAAUAGCAGCCUUGAAGUCAAAAUUGCCGGACUAAAUCCAUCAGAACGACUAGUAUUACUAAGAAAAUGGAAAGAACAAAAAAUUAAUUCUGAAAAAUCAAAAAGGCUAAGAUUAGAAGAGGAUGUUUUUAUACAGCAACUUAACAGAGAGAUAGAGAGAUAUAAAAGUCUCAUAACUUCAGCUAAAUCUCAAAAUCAAGAUAAACAAGUAUCUCAAAUCGAAAAAAGAAUACAAAAGGUCUCAGCAGACUUGAUCUUCUUAAUUGAUCAUCUUAAUUGGAAAAUUAUGAACAGUUCAAAUUCAAAAUCAACUACACCAAGUCCUCAGAAAAGUAAACCCUCCACGCCUCUAGUUAUUGAGACACCCAGAAAUUCCACAAAUGCUAAACUCGAAUUAUCAAUUAAGAAAUAA